UCACAAAUCUAACCCAAAAUUUCAUCUCUCUCAAUUAUUUUUUAUAAAUCUUCUUCCCACUUUUAUAAACAUCAUACUCUAUAGAAAAUGGAACCCUUCAACAACCCGAACAAUCCCAACAACCCGACCCAACCUAAUGUUUUCUCGGUUCCGGCAUAUUAUCCGAUGGUAGAACCGAACCAAUUCUCGCAAUAUUCAUCAAAUGCGUUUGCAUCAUUCCAACACUCGCCAAACCAAUUCGCUCAAUUCUCUCAAAAUCAAGCCAUUCAACAAAUGAUGUUGCGGGGUGCUUAUAAUUUCCCACCGAACCCGACACCACCCGUUCAACCCCAACCGAUCCCGAUGCAACCCUUUCAACAACCCGAACCCGACGACGAUGUGGAGGUUGUUCCCGAAACCCAACCGGCUAAAGGAAAAGGAAAACGAAACAAAGGCAAGCAAGUGGUUGGUGAUCAAUCGUCCAAACCGAAGUCGACUAAGUGGACGCCAAUCGAAGAAGAAGCCUUAGCCAAGGCUUUUAUAGCCACGUCUAACAACAAGACAAAAGGUAAUAACCAAACGGGUGACGGGUUUUGGUUCAAGGUUUUGGCAAAGUUCCUCGAACUUAUGGACCAAGGCCCGUAUCGUGAUAUCGACUCGGUGUCGUCAAAGUGGCGGAAAUUGAACUCGGCCGUCAAUAGGUUUUGCGAGGAAUAUAAUAAAAUAUAUACAAGUGGGUGUCGUAGCGGCAUGAGCGACGACGAUGUUUUCAAAAAAGCGUUGGACAACUAUAAGUCGAACAAUGCUAAUACCAACUUUGCUCACGUUCGCACAUGGGAAAUUAUGAAAAAGGAACCGAAAUGGUCGAGACAAAUCAAAGAAGGAGCGGGCCACCGGGCCGAGACAAAUCAAAGAAGGAGCGGGCCAAGGGGAAAGAAAAGGAAAAGUUGGGCCCGAAGAUGGAAGAAUUUAUGGAAAACUUAAAAAUGUACAACGAAGUCUCGGCCCAAAAGACGAAGGCGAAGGAGUGGGCCGUCGAAGAAAAAACUCGUGUAGCGGAAGAAAAGUUACGCGAGAAGCUCCGAUUGUCGAAUGAGAAAAUCAGAAUUUCGGAUGAAUAAAUGAUAACCAUGAAUGUCGACCAGUAUCCCGAGCCGAAACGUUCGAUGUUGAAAAAACUUCAAAACGACAUCAUGAAGAAGCAUAAUAUUAUUUAAGUCUAUGUUUGUUUUUUUUAAGUUUAUGUAAUAUGGUUUUAAUAUUAAUGAAAAUAUUUUGUUAGUUUA